AUGUGGUCUAUCUCAACUAACCAUCAAAUAGAUAGAGAGCUCCGUUUCUCUUCCAUUUUCUUUUCUAUCAUUCGUCAAUACUUCCUUCCUUUCUUCAUUUCUACUUUUUAUCAUUUCUUAUUACUGCUUCCCAUACUAUCUUUCACAUUAUUAAUAUCCUAUCAUUUAUUUAUCUCAUUUCAUUAUGCAUCAAUAUAUGUAAACCAUUAUCUAUCUAUCUAUCUAUCUAUCUAUCUAUCUAUCUAUCUAUCUAUCUAUCUAUCUAUCUAUCUAUCUAUCUGUCUUUCUAUCUAUCUAUCUAUCUAUCUAUCUAUCUAUCUAUCUAUCUAUCUAUCUAUCUACAUACAUACAUACAUACAUACAUACAUACAUACAUACAUACAUACAUACAUACCUACCUGUCUGAUUCUAUUUAUUUCCAUCUUUUCCACUCUUCUCAAUGAUUUCUCUAUCCACUCUCUGUCGACUUCGUCUUAUCAAAUAUCUAUCAAGCGAUGCUCUUAUUCUAUUAAUCCAACAGUUUUUUUUUUUUUAUAUCUAUCUAUCUAUCUAUCUAUCUAUCUAUCUAUCUAUCUAUCUAUCUAUCUAUCUAUUCUGUCGUUAUUCCUUAUGAGUGCUGAUAAUUUUUGGCUGGCUGGCUGGCUGGGGAUGGAAAUGCGACAGUUAUUUCGUUCUCGUUUUUAUUCUGAAAUUAGUCUCCAUUUUUUUUUCUUGUCGUGUCUCUUCUCACUUUCGCUUCCUUUCUAUUUAAGCUACCGCUUUGUCAUUCUCGUCACAACUACAAUGCAUCGAUCAAUUUCUCUUCCAUAUACAACGGUCUAUUCUUUUCUUGCUCAUUUCGCUCUCAGUCUCUUUUUCAUUCGACAUCAUUUUAAGCUUUUCUUUCGUCCUCGCCUUCUCUAUUUCUUUCCAUUCUUUAGCAUUUUAACUGUUUCUCUCCAAACCGACACAACUCUUAAUUUUCGCAUCUACCUCCACCUACGGCCCAGAUCUCAUCCUAUAAUAAACAAUGAACCAGAACCAACAGUCUAUAAUUAA